AGUUGGUUGUUAUAGUUACAGCGGUGGGGAAAGAGGAGCUAGCCAGUGAGGCUAACUGCAUCACUUACACCUGUGCUUCACUGUGGAACAUUUUACUUUCACACAAACAGGUUGGAGAUGUGUCCUGUCAUAACCACAUUCAGCUGACACAGAGCAGAACAUCUCCAUCUCUGUGGUGGAAAUGCCAGCUGUGACCCGGGAUAAAGAGGAUUCGGAGGCUCCGUCAGAAGAUGAGCCGGUAUGUCAUCCCUGCAUUGCCUGGAGUGGCGUCAGCAGGAAGAUCCCGGUUUUACUGUUCCAUGCUGAAGCUAUUGUGUUGAAAGAUGCAAACAUUCGCUCCAUUGGAGAAAAAUAUAACUUAGCUUUCAAGAUUGUGCGCACUGAGAGCCGACUUGUGCGUGGCAUACUUGUGAGUCAUGGAUUCCAUGAGGUACACCCAAACAGUAAUGACUUCAACCUGAUGUGGACAGGCUCCCACCUUAAGACUUACCUGCUUCGCACUCUUCAAGAUUUCCAGAAAGUCAACCACUUCCCCAGGUCAUAUGAGCUGACGCGGAAAGAUCGGCUUUACAAAAACAUUCAGAGGAUGCAGCAGACACACGGCUUUCAGAACUUCCACAUUGUGCCCCAGACCUUCGUGCUUCCUGCUGAAUACCAGGAAUUCUGCAAUUACUUCUGCAAGGAUAAGGGCCCAUGGAUUAUCAAACCUGUGGCAUCUUCCAGAGGCAGGGGUAUCUACCUGGUCAGCAGUCCAAGCCAGAUUCCGCUGGAUGAGAACAUACUGGUGUCCCGAUACAUUAGCAAUCCUUUACUGAUUGAUGAUUUUAAAUUUGAUGUACGGUUAUAUGUGCUAGUGACCUCCUAUGACCCCAUCAUCAUCUAUGUUUACGAAGAAGGACUUGCCAGAUUUGCCACUGUGAAGUAUGACCAUGCUGUGAAGAACAUCAAGAACCAGUUUAUGCACCUUACCAACUACAGUGUAAACAAGAAGAGCAGUGACUAUGUCAGCUGCGAUGACCCUGAAGUAGAGGAUUAUGGGAACAAAUGGAGCAUGAGUGCAAUGCUGAGGUAUUUGAGACAGGAGGGAAAGGACACCACAUUGCUGAUGGGUCAGAUAGAGGACCUGAUCAUUAAAGCUGUGCUGAGUGCAGAGAUACAGAUUGCUACAGCCUGCAAGACGUUUGCCCCUCAUAGGAACAACUGCUUUGAACUGUAUGGUUUUGAUGUUCUCAUUGAUUCCAACCUCAAGCCAUGGCUUCUGGAAGUGAACCUCUCGCCAUCUUUGGCGUGUGAUGCUCCUCUUGAUCUGAAGAUAAAGGCCAGCAUGAUCUCAGAUAUGUUCUCACUUGUGGGGUUCGUAUGUCAAGACCCAGGACUGAAACAGAUGCGGUCAGAUAAAGCUGGGCUUGACCCCAGUGUGAAGAACCAGACCCAAAAAACUCAGCGGCCUUCCUCUGUGCAGUCUGCCAAAUCCAAAAUGUGUCAGAGACCUCAGUCUGCUACCAACACUGAUGCUGAAGAGCAGAAAGAGAAACAGGAGGUCAAGCAGGUGGACACACUGGGCUUGACAGCAGAGGAGUUGAAAGUUUUGAGGAGAACACAGGAGGAGCAUGAGAGAAGAGGUGGAUUCAUCCGCAUUUUCCCCACACCACAAACUUGGGAACUUUACAGUGGUUAUCUGGAAUACAAGACAUCUAUGAACUCCAUGUUGGCUAAUAAACUUUUCCAUGGAAGGUCAGGAAAAACAUCUGUGACCUCACAAGCAAGGAAUAAGUUGAAAGGUAAUAUGCUUUUGGAGGUUGAGUCACUUAAAACCUGUCACGAAGUCCAGUAUGAGAGGAAAUUGCUUUCUCUGGAGGCCCGAAGACGUAGACAAAAGCAUAUAGCUGGCUCUACCACUACUAGAAGGAAGAAAGCAGGUCGACAACUCUCACCGUCUUCUCCUCACAGCAGUGAGAAUGAAGAAGGAGAUGAGGGAGAGGAGCAAAGGCCACAGGAAAACCAAGAACACACAACUUCGCACACAGACUCUCAGCCCACCCCAACAGAGAAUGUCCAAACUGAAAAACACUUUCUAGUUAGGGUCAGCAAACCUAAAGUGGAUCUAUUGCACAUUCUCCAGCAGGGAUGGGAUCUCAGUAAGGUGCAGGCCCGGAUGGCCUUCUCUUCCUACCUUCACCGAGUCCAGAUGAGGCUGCUUACAGAGAGCAGAGCAAACCGUAGCUCUGCCUCAUCAGAGAGGGACAAUGACCAAAUGGAGUUGGUAAUGCGCUUCCUAAAGAGAGCUGCCAGUAACCUGCAGCAGGACAUGCGUGUGGUGUUGCCCAGCCGCCAGCUUUCCCUGCCUGACCGUCAACGCAUAUUGUCCCAUCAACUGGGGGAAUUCAUCCACUUCUAUAACAAGGAGACUGAGCAAAUGGUCAAAAGUUUGGAGAAGAUUAAAGAUGAAGAUCAUUGUAUCAAUCCAAAUGUAUUUCAGGAGUUUAUUCUGGAAGCAAGUGAAAGUGAUCUAGAAGAAGUCCUCACUUUCUACACACACAAGAACCAAUCUGCCAGCGUGUUUUUGGGGACCAAAUCUCAGAGUUCUGAGACAGACAGUAACAAAGAAUGCCGGAAGGGCUCAGGAGAACCAGCAAAAUAUCACACCAGGAAAACUUUGAUGAAUGCCAAAUCAGAGUCCUCUGUGACUGUUGUCAAGGCCAGCCAAGCAAAAAAAGAAGAAGAAAUUCAAGAGAGUGCAACCCAACCCAGAGAGAACAAAAUCGCUAUAACUCUUAAUACGGCCAAGCACCGUAACACUGUCCAAAAUAGAGAUAGCAAAUGCAGUACAUUAAAUAACAGUGAAAACAGAAGCAACAAAACCCAGAUUGGAGAUACAGUGACUGAAGUUCAGUCUGAAGUCUUAGCUGCAUUUGAGACUGAAAGUAAUGAAAUCAAAAUGAGAAGUACACCAGAUGGAGACCUUGGCAGUGACAAAUCCCACCCCACAGCCCUAUCAAAAAUAGUCAAAGUCAACGAGGUGCAGCCUGAAAUUGUAAAAAGUUGUAAAGCCCAAGCCAGGGUUCUGGCUUCCCAGCACACUUCGUCUUAUCCUGCAGCCUUAGACUGUGAGCACAUCCACCUGCAGCACUGUUUCCCACCACCUGUUUCUGAACCCCAACCCCCACCAUACAUUCAGCCUCCACCACACCCACAUGCUGAACCUCAAAACAAACCACAGGCUGCUCUACCUUCUUCAUCCAACACCCUCCAGCCUACACGUGUCAUGUGGGCUUCAUCAGUUUCUAGUUCAGCUGGAUCAGUGGCUACUACUGAUGUACUGCAGCGACUCCGGUUUUCUCGUUUGGAACAGCCUUCUACUAAUGGCAUCUCCACUGGAACGUCCAAUCCCAACGCUGUGAACUUCUACAAUCAGAAACUCUCACGCCCUUCCUCUGCAGGGCAGGUGAUUCAUAAGGCUAGUAAACCCCGACCUGGUUCUGCAGGAGUGUUUAAGGAGCCAGAUUCGCUGUCAGCCCAGGCCCAGUCUAACCAGCAGGCUAUUGUCUCUGCCCUGAAGAAACUAGUGGAGAAACAAGCAGCUCGCCAGUACAGCACCUCCAGCCACAUUAGCCUGCUUACACAACAUUUGACCAAUCUGAACCUGGCCAAUGGAGUGUUCAGCAGAGGAGGACUCAGCCUGUCCCCAGGGGUGCAGCCUGCAACAGUGAGAGCCCUACACUCAGACGCUAGCCUCUCUGGAGCUGGCAGUCACAGGUGUGAAGCUAUGGGUGAUGGAGAGCAUAACCACAUUAUAAGAGCCACUCCACAACAAAGUUGUCAGCCUACCUCUGGUAGCUAUCAGCUCCAAUUUGCCAUUCAGCAACUCCAGCAGCAAAAAGUGCAGUCCAGGCAACUGCUGGACCAGAGCCGGACACGUCAUCAGGCCAUGCUGGCUGGACACACACUUGUGCCUGGUGCUGUGCCCCAAAACCAUGUUCCCUCCAGCUCAUCCUGUGUUCAAAUCAGCCAGCAGUCCCGGUACACCAUGAACCAAGCACUGAGUGCCCAGAGCCAUUCCAAAGCCCAGAUCCUCAGUCGUGGGGUCACCGUUCUUACCCCCAAACCUCCCAGCACCAUACCAAAAGAUGGACCCUCACGCAAAGCUGCCACCCAACGCAUCACCAAGCAAGCACCACCUGAUGCUCCGUCCAGUAACGGCAUAUCCAAUCGACAACAUGUUGUCUAUGACACCAUGUGUGGAAAGACAGGUCUCUCUGUUUAUAGCAAACUAUUCCAGACUCAUGGGUCCAAUCACAGAUGACUGAGCGAGGGCUGGUCCAGUAACCACCUGCAGGUGUAGGAUCCACUCACUGGUACAGAUGUUUCUAAUAUAAAAAUGAACCCUAGGUUUCACCUGAUGCAAUUGCCUCUACCCCCCAAAAAAGGUCAGCUGUGCAGUUAAUGUACCAAAAAUGUAUUUUUUGUGCUUCCUAACCUUGUUAUCUUCCUCCAUGUGCUGUCCCUCAUGCUAGACAAGAAUCAUAUCUUCCCUUAUAGUAUUUUCAGUCUGGGAACAGCUGACAAAUGCUGCUACCCCUGAGACAGUGGCUGACAUCAAACCAGCCUUAUUUAUUUUCUUGGAGAGCAUGUGGGUGUGCAACAGGAUAGCCUGCAGUGUAAGAAAUCCCUGGCUUUGACGCGAACGAGGAUCUGUUCCAUGGCCCAAGACUUUCCGGUGGCCUUCAGUUCCUCCCCAUCCCACCACUGCAGUUGUCCAGCCCCAUUCUCACAUGCAACUGCUGCCAUGGAAAGACUGUGUGAAUAGACAGGCAACAACAGCUGCUGCCUCUACUGUACUGCGCCUGCACACUAUAACAGGCCUGGCAAAAUAAGUGCAGGCUCUUCAUUACAAGCAGUUUUAAUUUUGAAUAUGUGACACAGUUUGGGUUGCAGUUACAUUACAUAAACCACUUUUAAGAGAGAACGCCCAUGCAUUUAAAACUGUGUUUCUUUUCUUGUUUGAAACUAAUGGAAUCAAAAGCAUUACAGCGAAUGUGUAAUGUCUGAAUGAUUAUUUGACCUUUCAAGACAUCUGACAGGAGUCUAUUGAAGAAGGAUAAAUGUUUUUAUAUACUGCUAAAUUGUUGUAAACAAAGUGUAGCUUUAAAUAUCCCCAAAGGACACUAAGAUAGUAAAAGACUUUCUAAGCAUGCAUCAUAGAACUGUGUCACACUGUGUCAGUCCAGACCGUUAAUGCUCUGUGUAAAAGUGCCUCAUUCAGGUGCCACAUAAUGCUUGUAUAUUGGCAUCUUUGAGUACAUUGUGUCAUGUUUUUAUGAUGUGUUCUGAAAGUACUUCUUUCAUGGCACCCUUAACAGUCGGAGUCAUAGAAAUAGGUGGCUCCGUAGCAUAACUGGAUCUGUGUAAUUCAUUAACGGCCCCUAAAAUAAAUCUCAAGUUUACAUUUCUGGAUAAUGAUUUGAGGGAAACCUAAUUAUGUCUUUCUAUUUGAAAGCAGUUGACACUUCCACAGUGUGCCCUAAUAGUACAGCAGUUAGAUAAAUCCUGUCUCAGGGAGAAUUGGUAGUUAUGUUGAUUUGUUUGACAGACAUAUUCACACCUCUCCUGGUAUGCUAAUUAUUAAUAAAGUGUUAUAUUAGGCUUGGCAGUUGGCAUGGUACAUUGUUGGAACCUGUUAAUAUUUUUUGUUUCAUAAACAUUUACUGAUUAGAUCAAAUGCUGUUUCCAUUUUUGUAGACUGUAAGUUUUUCUUUGUCAUAAUGUGUGGCCAUCAAGGCAUAAUUCUGAUGUAUGCAAAACAAAACCUAAUGUCCUAAAUCAAGGAUAUUAUACUGUAACAUUUAUUUUCUCAGGGUUUGGCUUUAUUUAUUUUUUUCUUUUUGGGAAAUCUUUAGUUUAGUUUUUAUAGUGUUUUAUUAUUUUGUACUUGUCCUGUGUGUACUUGACAACUCUCAACAUAAAUCAAAAUAACUUUGUGUUAUUGAUUAUUACAGUGUGGAACUGAAUGUUUGGAGUCUGUGACAGAAAUGUGUAUGAAUAUAAGCCUAACAAGUUAUUAAUAUUUGAUUAACUCACAAUCCACUGAGAUGUGCUAGUAAAGAGAUGGUAGAAAUCUCUAUUCCAUGUCGAACGCAGUUUAAGUGGUUGUGGUUAUAGUGCACAUUGUGAAAUUCUUCUGGAUACAUAAUUAUAGUUUUAAUCGAAGACAAAAUUUACAGUUGUCUGUGACAUGACUAGAAGAAUGUUACAUGUAUACUUGAAUUGUUUAAUGAAAAUGUUGUCUCCUUCUUUAUUAGUAAAUGCACCAAGAUUGUGCCGGUAA